AUGUGGGCUCUUCUGCAAAAGUAUCGAGAAUUGAUCGUCGUCGUCAUGGGGACCAUUUUCUUUUACGCAAUCACCGCGCUCUCGGGGCGUGUUUUCCUUUUACUGCGUAAAGUUGAAGUCAGUAGUAUCCCGAUGGACAUUGGAGAAUACUUGGAUUUAUAUAGCAAAAUCUAUGCAUAUACUACGGAUUUUAUCUACAUAAUCUCAGUCAUCGUCAACCCAAUUGCCAUCUAUAUCACGAUUUCGAACAAGAAAAUUGCCUGGCCGAUACGGUUGCUCCUAAUUUCCGAGGCGGCAUUUCGUACACUGAUGUGUCUGGGGCAACUGCUCUAUCUGCUCACUGCCGGAUUUUCCUUAACCUCUAGCAGCGAUGAGCUAUCAGUCGAAGGAUCUUUUAUUAGCAUAUCGGUAGCGAUCUAUACUUAUACCAUUACGUUGCCUACCGGGAUUCGGAUUGCACACUAUUUUAUUUCGCUCGGACGCUUCAUCGCCCUGGCCUUCAACGGUCGCUAUUUCGAGCUGGCCCUCCGUUUCCCCUAUCUACAACUCUUCAUACCGUACUUUAUCGCUGUGAUCCUGCGUGUCAACCUCGAAUUCGAAACUAUCCCCGUCGAGUGGCUCGACUAUGUUGACCCCUUUUUAAUAGCCCAUAUCGCGGCUUUGGACAGUUUUGCAUACGAAAAGUUGAGAGCUCACACGGCAAAGUCGCAAAAGUCCAAGAGCUCACAGAAACCACUGGGAUUAAUGCUCGUUUUUUCGUCAGUAAUCUAUAUUUUCCUGAUCAUUGCUGCUCGAUUAGUUCAAACUAUUGUCCAAAUAUUCCUCGGCAAUUUAAUCGCCAGCCUGGCAAACCUGGGCGUCACCCAACUGGCGCUGUUCCUAUUUCUGGCGUACGAUGGAAUCCUCAGCCUACUCUUCCUACGGCGACCAAAGAAAAGUGAUGCGGUAUCAGUUACCUCCGUCACAAAAUUUGCCGGAAAUAUCGAUCGAAAAGCCGCGAAGAAUACGAUUACGCUUGCCAAUAAAUCACGGGUU